AUGUCGAGAGAGGUUGCUACUUUUGCUGCUGGUUGUUUUUGGGGAGUAGAACAUAUUUUCCGUAAACAUUUUAAAGAGAUCGAGGCACGAGUCUGCUCAAAAACAACAGGACAUGCCGAAGCCUGCAGAAUUGAAUUCGAUCCAACCAAAAUUAAUUAUGCUACAUUAGUUGAAUUCUUCUAUAAGACCCAUGAUCCAACAACCUUAAAUAAACAAGGACAUGACACUGGAAAUCAAUACCGUUCUGCCAUCUUUUAUUAUUCUCCUGAACAAAAAAAAAUUGCAGAAGAAGUAACAGCAAAAGUUCAAGAAAGACUUGAUAAUAGUAAGCCAGGUUCAUUAUAUUCUGGCUCAAAGAUUGUUACAGAAAUUGUCGAAGCUGGUGAAUGGUAUGAUGCUGAGGAUUAUCAUCAAAAAUAUUUAGUUUCUGCGUUUUCAACAACGGAACUGUCAUCUAUGACAGUUGACGCAUCUGAGCACAUGAGUAACGACGAACUUGGUGUAGACUCUGGUAAAAUUCAUGUCUUAAAACAACAAGUUCAUAGUCUUCGACACGAUCUUGCCGAAAAAAAUGCAUUACUCACCACAUCUACAACUGGAAGGGUAAUUGAAAAUUUACAUGCAGAAAUAGACCAUCUAAAAAAAGAUCUCGCUGAUUCAAAAACUCAAAUUCAUGUUGCUAAAGUUUCUCGUGAAAGAGCUGAAAGACAAGUACAGGAACACUUGGCAUCACAUCAAACUUUAAGACUUGAAAUUGAUUCUUUGAAAAGAAUGUUAGAAAGAAAAGAAAGACAAUCUAAAGAAUUAGAAGAAUCAGCUAAAGAAGUCGAGAAGAAAAAUUCUGAUAUGAAAUUUGAACGGGAUAAUGCAAAUUUAAAACUCCGUCAAUCGGAAUUAAAAGUAUCUGACUUGGAACGAAAAUUACAGGAAGCUUUGGCUGGCAAAGAAAAGGCGGAGUAUGAAUAUACUCUUUUAUCAAAAGAAAUGCAAGCUUUUAAAACUCGAUAUACCAAAGACGUCGAGAUUGUUAAAAAAGAAUUUAAAUCUCUUCGUGAAGAAAUGAAUUUAACUUCACGACAAUUAGAAGACGUUGUCUUGAUGACAAGUGUUCGAAUUGAAGAAUUAAAUUCUGAACGUAAGGACGAAUUAGGAAAUUUGGAAUCAAUUCACACUCAAUUACAAGAUAAUCAAGAAAAAUAUGCCACAAAAUUGUUUAAUGAAAUUGAGGCAAUGAAAAAGGACGUAGAAACUUCAAAUCAAAAGACUAAAGAGUACAGUGAACAGGUGGUAAAGAUUAAAGGCGAAAUAGCGGGUAAAUUGAACUGGUUAAAGCGAAUUGAAAGGGUACAACAGAAAUCCUGA